UUUCCAUAAUUCUAAUAUGACGUAUCGCGUCACAAAUCCUACAAAAAAUUUAUCUCUAACAGAAGAAUAUCUUCAAACGAUCACAUAUCUCAUUGAAAAUAAAUCAUUAUCGUCUCGCACUUCUAUAAUCCUCGAGGAUACGUAUGUCAAAUACAAAUUGAACAAAGAUUAUAAAAUAAAGUAUUGACGUGGACGCUGGAACCGAUCAUUCUCGAGAAGACUCGAUAAAAAUCAUUAAAUGUUACGACACGCAUAAACAAACUACACCUAUCGCAGAUAUUUGCAUAUUCGUAAAAAUAUACAAUAAUGAUAGUCGCAAAAUUGUUCGUAGUGAAUAAAAAAAAAUUCAUCAACGUCCAGAGAAUAACAGCAUGGAACUUCAUCGUCGACAAACUCGAUGGAAUCUCACACAUUGAAGAAAACAGAAACACCCAUGAGAGAUUCCAAGCCACCUUGGUUUACUUUUAAAACGGUCCAGGACUUUUCAUUCAAGCGACCUUGCGAUCAGGAGAUGAUGCUGUUCAACGAUGUAUUUUCUGAUUUUUCUCUGUCCGAUGUAGGCUAUGAUAAAGAGAUGAAGAAGCGUAUCAGACAGUGGAUGGCGAAUGAAGGGCGAUCUUCGGCAAUUACCCUAAGCACGAGCAAUCAAACUAAAAGGGGACUCAAACUCCGGUGGAAAUCCCGAACAAAGAACGCAAAAAGAUAAUCAACGGAAAAAAAAUGGGUCUAAACGACCCAUAAAGAGCCACCCUCUAAGAGAAAAAGUUACUUUGACGAUUUCCAUUUUCUUUUUGCUAUUCUUAUAUAUGAAGAAACAUGUAGCGGAACAGGUUGCAAUAAUGAAGGAAUAGAAAGCUCCUUUCUUUUAGCUGUUCCUUUAAGAAGAUACUAUAUAUUCGAUCUAAAUCAAAACUUGAAAUUACGUCAUGGCGGUCCAAUUCGGGGUUGGCAGUGUCACGCCUAUUAAUUUCUAAACAUGGAGCUAUUCGCCUCCGGGUCGACAUCAGGAUAGUAGAUUUUAUCUGACAAUGGCAACAAGAUCACCGACACAUGGGCAAAAAUCGCAUGGAUCCGGUGAACGUGUAUGUCUUUUUAUGUCAGUGCCACAAUUUGGAGAAAGUGCGUCCUUGGCAGGUUUUACAAUAUCACGACCCGGCAUUGGUAUAUGUAUCACAUUACAUAAACGAAAGGAAGGCCAGAGUAUAAGGGAAAAAAGUUAAACGGCUUAUGUGACGUAGCAGUAUUCUUUUAUGCAAUACAGAAAAAGCGAGUAACUCGAAAAAAGAUCAUUCACGUGAAUCAAACAAGUUAUUACGUGAUGCAUAUAAUUGGCGACAUCGGUCAAUUCUGCUGGUUAAUGAGGCUCAAAUAAAUUUAAUUCGUUAAAACUUAUUUUCGUACCCUCUUGCUUCAUGAAAACAUCUUAAUUGGACGAAUAUUAAAUACCAAGCAUAUGUAUAUUUAAGUUGUGCAAAAUUACAAAAUAGAAAUACGUAAAGUAAUCGUGUUUACGUAAUUGCCGAAACUUUACCAGAUAAAUAUUGUGUGAUAUCGUAGAAACGUCAAUAAAAUCUAAUUUCAUGAUGCGAUAAAAACUUUUACGCUGAAGAAGAAGCUUCUUCCUUAACAUUAUGUUGGAACAUAAUGUUAUGAUUGAUACGAUUGUUCCGUAUGCUUAUAAAAUUAGUGAUCUUAAUUGAGUCAAGACCACGCCCGACAUUCGACCAUGUCCCCCCUUAACCUGGCUAUGUUCCACCACUUUCUUAAUGGUUCCUUACGAAAAAAAGUGUACCAUGAUACAAUUUCCCUCUCCCUUGAUCAGCCAUACCCAAUCAAAUUGGAAACGGUGGCACCCAAAAUUCAAUUGAUCCCCCUGCAAGCUUUGUUGCAUAUAAAUACCGGGCCAAGUUUCGUAUUCUGUCAGAGCACAGCGGGUCCUUCACUCAAAAGCAAAAUGGCAUUCAAGUUCGUAGUACUCGCAGCCUUCCUGGCAGUAGCCAGUGCCGGUGGCCCAGCCGCUUAUGACAUCGCAGCGUCGUCUGGUGACCACAGCAGCAUCGGUUUCAGCCAGGAGUCCACCCAGAAAGGUUUUGCCGGUCAGAACGUGAUUUCUUCUUAUUCGAAGUCCGACGACUCCGCUCAUUCCUUUGUCCGCGUGAGCAGCCACAGCGUCAGCAACGACGGUCUCCUCAACUACGAAAUCAGCCAUACUCCUAUCGUGAAGGCGGCCUACACUGCUCCAGCCUACCUCACGCCAACCGCUGCUCCCCUCAUUGCCAAGACAUACGCUGCCCCGUACAGCUACAGUGCUCCCUUGGUCACCAAGGCCUACGCCGCCCCAUACAGCUACGCAGCUUCAGCUCCUCUGAUCGCUAAGACUGCAGUCGCUGCACCAGCUCCUCUUCUGACCAAGACUUACGCCGCACCUCUGUCCUACGCUGCGCCAGCUGCUCAUUUGUCCUACGCCGCACCAGCCGCUCAUCUGUCCUACGCAGCACCAACCGCUCAGCUGUCCUACGCUGCAGGUGCUCCUCUCCUCGCCAAAAGCUACGGAUACGCUGCCCAUGCUCCAGUCAUUGCCAAGAGCGCCCUGAUCGCGCCAGCCCAUGGAUACACCGCCUCCAUCGCCUCAGCACCUCUUCUAACUAAGACUUAUGCCGCCACUCCUCUCGCCCAUGCAUACGCUCCACAGGCUCAAUUGAUCUCCAAAGCCUACGGAUACGAAGCGGCUGCCCCCGUCGUGCACACGGUAUUCAACGGUCUCGGUACCAGCUACGCCUGGUAAAUCUUUGUGACCCUAUAUGUUAAGCCUUUCGGUUUCUUCUUCUUGGAUUUCUUCAGUCUUCCGAACAAGAUUUUGAAUAUUUGACGAUUCUAAGAAGUACAUAUCUUUUCUUCAGUGAAGUUCAAUUGCGUUAUGAUUAUGACGGUGAAUUUUAUUGAAGAGGAAGUAUCGAUGAUCAGGAUGAUUUAUCAGGAACGAAAGACUUAACAGAACCGGAUUCAAACUUGUAGAUAAAUGUUUUAACAAUUCCGCGCUAUCAGGACAGUAGAAAUUGAUUAUAUAAAGGACUCAAAUAGAUGUAUGAAUGUUGCGUAUAAGUAGGUAUAGGUGAUAUUAAUUUUAUUUAUAUUAUACACACCAGCUACCUUUAUGAAACACAUUUAACGAAACACAUUUUCGAUUCCGAAGAAUUUUUCACACAUUCAAAUAAUUGAGAAAUAAAUUUUCAAUUUUCCAAUAAUA